CCAAAACCCAAUCAUUGUUUUUGCUCCCAGUCAUCAUUCUUGAUUCUUUCUGAAUCCAAGAAAGAUUCCAAGAGAACCCCUUUAAAGAAACCAAAAAUGUCACCAAAAAGAAUGUUAGACUGCCGAUGUCUCUUGGUAUUGUUGUUUCUUGCCCUAAUGCCGCUGGUUCCAAAUGGAAAUCUUGUUGGAGUGAACUGGGGAACCAUGGCAACUCACCAACUCCCUCCAAAUAAUGUGGUGCAAAUGCUGAGAGAUAAUGGGCUCGAUAAGUUGAAGCUUUUUGAGUACAAUGAGGGGAUUAUGACGGCUCUUACAGGGACAGAUAUUGAAGUGAUGGUGGGAAUUCCGAAUAGCAUGUUGAAGGAGAUGAGUGAGGAUCCAGGAGCUGCUGCUUCUUAUGUUUAUAAUAACAUCAGUGGUUAUUGCUAUGAUGGGGGAGUCAAUAUCAAGUAUGUAGCUGUAGGAAAUGAACCUUUCCUUCAAACAUACAAUGGCACCUAUCUACCGUACACAUUACCAGCUCUUAAAAAUAUCCAGAAAGCCCUUGAUGAAUCUGGGGUUAAGUGUCAUUACAAGGUCACGGUUCCCUUUAAUGCUGACAUCUACAACUCCCCAGAAUCCAAUCCAGUUCCAUCUGCUGGUGACUUUCGGCCCGAGGUCAAGAACCUUGCUAUUGAAAUAAUCCAGUUCCUAUAUUUACAUGAUGCACCUUUCACUGUCAACAUCUAUCCAUUCCUCAGCCUUUAUGGGAACGAUUAUUUCCCUGUGGAGUUUGCAUUUUUUGAUGGAACAAGCAAGCCUCUUAGAGAUGGUAAUAAUGUUUACAGAAAUGCAUUUGAUGCAAACCUUGAUACUCUCAUUUAUGCUUUGAGUAAAGCUGGAUUCUCUGACAUGGAGGUCAUGGUUGGAGAAGUUGGGUGGCCAACUGAUGGUGACAAAAACGCCAACAUCCAGAACGCAAAGAGGUUUAACCAAGGAUUGAUCAAGCAUGCUUUGAGUGGAACCGGAACCCCAGCUCGGAAAGGUAAGAUUGAAGUUUAUCUAUUCAGCCUCCUCGAUGAAAAUGCUAAAAGCAUUGAACCUGGUGGCUUUGAGAGACAUUGGGGGAUUUUCGAGUUCGAUGGAAAGCCAAAAUAUGAAUUGGAUUUAACAGGCUUGGAAGUUGAUAAAGGCCUAGCUCCAGUAGAGGAUGUGAAAUACCAACAAAAAAGAUGGUGUGUUCUCAACACUCAAGCAACUGAUAUGGGAGAAUUGCCUAAAAGUAUUGAUUAUGCUUGCAGCUUAUCGGAUUGUACGGCUUUGGGUUAUGGUUCCUCGUGUAACCACUUAACUGCUGAAGGAAAUGCAUCCUAUGCUUUCAACAUGUACUACCAAGUUAACAACCAGAACUUUUGGGACUGCGAUUUCUCUGGCCUGGCUACAGUCACUGAUGAGAAUCCAUCUGAGGAAGGUUGCCAGUUCCCAGUCAUGAUAGCUUAUGGUUCUUCCAUGCUGCUUCAUGGUGGUGAUCUUUUGGAUGUUUCACUGAGACUAGUUGGAGUAUUUGUUGUACUAUUUUCAUUUCUGCUAUGA